GUUCAAUACCAAUACCAAUUUGCCAAUAUAUAACUUACAAUAUUAUUAUUUUUAGCUUUUAAGAGUUCAUGACACUUCUAUAAAUAGAAGAGUAGCUUACCCAUAAUUCCUUGCUUCUAUAUGGUGUUUUUUUCUCCACUUAUAGUAAUGGACAAAAGAUUGCAAAUGUUUUUGACCUCUUUUUUGCUCAUUUUAGUCUCCCAAGCAUCAGCUUUCGAUACUUGUCCUAAAUGUGGCAAUCUUGAAGUUCCUUACCCACUUAGCACAAAUGAAAACUGUGGGGAACCAAACUACAGGGUCUACUGCAACAAUGGCACUCUUCAAUUCUCUUCCUCUAGAGGGUUGUACUAUAACAUCCUCAGCAUAAACCCGAGUUCCAACAAGCUCAUCAUAAACCCUCCUAGGAUUCAGAAAACACAAUGUUUUACUUCUGAUUUCAUAACAGAAGGUUUUAGGAUUGACGAUAACUCACCCUUCAAUAUAUCUACUCAUAACACUGUCAUGUUGUUCAACUGCUCUAGUUCUAUUUUUCUGUCCCCUCUCAACUGUACCUCAAGCAGUUUUUGUAGGCUGUUUGAGGAUCAAAUGGAGGAGGGAAGUUCAUGUAAAGGUACACUUUGCUGCCAUUUCUUGAAAGAUUCAAGCAUGACUUCGCAUAGGAUCAAGGUUAGGGAUGGAGGGUGUACUGCUUAUACUUCUGCAGUGGAUGUUCAACCUGGACUUUCUUUGGAUCAAUGGAACUAUGGCAUUGAGAUACAGUGGUUGCUUCCUAACUGAGUUGGAUUCAAGGUAGCAGAACUGGCCAUAGUUCAUGCAAAGUAGUUGAUA